GUAAACCAUCCAUUCGACAUGAAGCUUCUGGAUAAGAUAUUCUUCACUUCAAUCACGCUGACCAGUGUGUCGCAAGCACGCACAGAGCGCGGCUUCAUAGGUUACGGCAUCGAUCCAUCGCAGCCUUAUUGCGCCCAGGCAUGUCGCGAUGCAAUCUCCAGCGCAACGCUCGAUUGUUCGACCAUGGAAGAUAUGGGACACAUGUCUGACAUGAUGCAUAUGGUCACCACGUCAGCCGACUGCUAUGCUACCGACGACGCCUACCUCCAGACCUUAGCUUGGUGCAUAUCUGAGCGGUGUCGGGAAGAGAAGUCGUGGAAGUUGGAGAAAUGGUGGUCUUUGAAUACGGUUGGCACGGAGGAUAUCCAGCCUGACCCUAAAGUGACAUACCAAGGAGCUCUAUCGAAAGUUGAUGGGACGCCUGCAGUUGUAUAUGCAGAGACUGGCUCACUAAAUACCACGAGUGUUGUAGGCGAUGGCCUGUGGAUCCCAGCUUACACCACCAACUCGGGUUGGAUAUCCCAAGAGAAGCAGCAGGUGAAAUUUGGGCUCGUCAUACUACUUUCGGGUGUUAUAAUUCCCGUUGGAUUCUCGUUUCUGCGCUUCUUUCCUAUACCACACAUGUGGCGCUCAAAGUUCAGCGCCUGGGUCGUUGAACCGCCGCUUUGGGGCACGAGGCACGACACACCUAUUUUCUUCGGUCUUUUCCAGAUGCCAAAGCGGGGGCAGGGGCUCUUCAUAUUCUACAUGAUCGCCAUCAAUGUUGUAUUUUCCGGCGUGAAUUACCUCUGGGUUCCGGAAAACACAUGGUACGGCGCGGACAAAGCGCGAUGGAUGGCGAUGCUCGUCACGAACCGCCUCGGACUACUUAGCUAUGCCAAUCUUCCCCUGAUAUUUCUGUAUGCCGGCCGCAACAACUUCCUACUCUGGAUCACCAACUGGUCCCAUUCCACAUUCCUGCUUCUUCACAAAUGGAUCGCGGCCAUCGCUACUCUAGAAGCCAUCCUCCACAGCAUCAUAUAUCUGCACAUUUACGUCAAAGCUGGGACGCACAACGCCGAAGCCAAAGAACCUUACUGGUACUGGGGCAUAAUCGCCACAUUAGCCAUGACAAUCCUUUUCCCCAGCUCUCUCCUCCCUCUCCGCAAAAAAGCGUACGAGCUAUUCCUCGCAUGGCACGUCAUCAUCUCCAUUCUAGUCGUAGCCGGAUGCUACUGGCACGUCGUCUUUAGGUUUUCCCACAAAUGGGGCUACGAGACAUGGGUCAUUAUGAGCAUGGCGAUUUGGGCCUUCGACCGCAUAUUCCGCUUCCUACGUCUCGCUCGGAACGGCAUCAAACGCGCCGACGUCACCGUCAUUGACGAUGAAUACGCGCGUGUCACUAUACCGGAUGUAUCAGCGUCGGGACAUGUAUAUCUGUACUUCCCGACGCUCACGUGGCGAGUCUGGGAGAACCACCCCUUUUCAAUCGCAUCCACUUCCCUCCCAUCACCAAUCUCGUCUUCUGGACAAAGCAAUCCGAGCUCCUCUCAAACCGACAUCGAGAAGCAAAGCCCAGUUUUCAACUAUCCAAUUGAAGAACAAAACAGAUCUCCGACUCGCAGCUCCUCAGCCGAAUCGCGUCAAUCUGGCCUUACGUUCUUCAUACGGACGCACUCUGGGUUAACGUCGCUAAUCACAACCCGUCGCUCAUUCCCGGUCUUGGUAGAGGCUGGCUACUCUUCCCAUUCCCUAGCCUCGGUGCAUAAAGCGCCUACUUUGGUGGCUAUUGCUGGUGGCGUAGGCGUCACUUCGGUGGUUCCGUACCUGCGUGGCCAUCCUGGGCGGGCGAAGCUCUAUUGGGGAUGUCGGACGCAGGGCUUGGUCGAUAAUGUGCGGAGUACGGGUUGCCUUGAUGGUGUGGAGCAACGGGUUGUUGUUGGUGAGCGACUCGAUAUAAGGAGGAUCUUGGAUGAGGAGUUGGUUCAUGGCGGAACUUCUCGGGUUUGCGUGUUUGUAUCGGGUCCUGUGGGUAUGACGGAUGAGGUUCGAAUUCUUGUGGGUGAGAUUGUUAGGAAGGGAUGUGGUGUUGAUGUUGAUUUAGUUGUUGAGUCAUUUAGCUGGUGA